AAAGGUUCGGUUCAGAUCCUAAAACGAAUAUUGCGGACGAAACGAAAGGGCUCUAAAUUAGCGUUUAGAAUGAGUGAUUUACCACCUGGAUGGGAAGAGAAAAAAUCUAAGUCUACUGGAAAGACCUACUACUUCAACAGAGGAACAAACGAAAGUCAAUGGGAGAAGCCAGCAGAAAGAGCGAGUAAUCAAGUUCGCGCUUCGCACCUCCUUGUUAAACACACGGAGUCUAGAAGGCCGUCUUCUUGGAAGCAAGAAAGGAUAACGCGCUCUAAAGACGAAGCUUUAGAAAUAAUUAAAGAUUAUCGUAAACGGAUUACAUCAGGAGAAACCACUCUUAAGGAGCUAGCAAGCACAGAGAGUGAUUGUAGCAGUGCCAGAAAGGAAGGAGAUUUGGGAUUUUUUGGACCAGGACAAAUGCAAAAACCAUUCGAGGAAGCAACGUUUGCCUUAGAAAUCAAUGAACUGAGUGAACCAGUUUUCACUGACUCAGGUAUUCACUUGAUUCUCAGGACAGGAUAAAGCAAUCACAAAGUCCAAGAACAAAGUUCAUAUUUAAAUAAUCAUGUAGACUUGCUAAUAUUACAAGACAAUGCCUUAACUUUGAAGCUUUCAUUUGGCUACUUUUACCUUACAUCAUAAGUAUUGGUUGAAGUUGUGUAUGAACUAAAACACAAACAACCAGUUUGGAAAUCUGCAGUCUAGAUGAAUAAAAAAGGUAACCAUAACAUCCACAGGGAUGAAAAUAUUUUGUACAUCAUGUUUAAGGAUAGUUCUCUUUUCUAAAACACAAUUUGAUGGUUGAACUUAACAUGUCAAAAUGAUCACUUCUUCAAAGUAUUUCUAGCUUUCAUUAUUAUGUUCCAGAAGUGAUCAUCCUAUAAUUUUCCUUUUCACAAGGCAAAAAUAUAAUAAGUAAACUUCCAUUAAAUUCUAGGUUACUUUAUACCAGUCCAUCAGA